AUGGCAGUCUGUUUCAAUGCCUUUAGUUUGUGCAAGUGGGUUUGGUAUUCGCUGUUCAAAAGUGACAGUAUUCUACAUCAGGAAGCACUUCGGGAUGAACUGAUUGAUGAGGGCGAUAUGUAUUCCACUCUUAGGGACUUUGUCCUCAACUAUUUGAGGUCUGAUGGGGUUUUUGCCAUGAGACUUAUUUCACAUAAUUCUACGGAUAUUGUCGUUACUGAUCUUGUCAGUGCUAUGUAUGAAAAUUUCAAGAUUAGAAAAUCUGCUCUCGAGCCUAGUGACACUGGGGUGCCCUACGAGAAAAAUAUACUCUUAAUUAACUCGUUCUCUUUCUUGUUUUGA